UUGGUUUAAAAAAGAAAGAAAAAUUUUCGCAUCUAGAAAAAAAUAGAAGAUUUCACAUUGGGAAACUCAAUUCCCAAAACGACGCGUCUCAGCGGCAGCUAUUUUAAUACUCUCCCUCCCUUCCCCAUUCUUCCUUCCAACUCUCCACCUAAACCUAUAGCUACACCUACACCUACACCUGUCUCUCGCCUGAGCUCGAUCAGCAAGCUACGCAGAGCUAAAUCCCUCACGCGCGCGCGUGCAAAGAGAUCAGCCGUCGUCAUGAUAGAUCAAGAGCGGAGAGGAUCGGCGCCGCACGGAGUGCUGCUGGCGGUGGUGAUUGGCAUUGUCGUGCUGGGGCCGCUCCUCCUGGGCGACCAGGGCGAAGCCCUCACUGAAGCCUUCUCCGAGCUCCUCAGCCCCAUCGGUCUCCUCCUCCUCCCCGUCUUCCUCCUCCUCACCAUCCAGUUCCUCUCCUCCGACCGCGCCUCCCUCCUCUCCGGCAUCUUCUCCACCGGCGAACCCGACUCUAUCCACCGCGUCAGCGGCUCCCCCGUCGGCGUCGCCCUCUUCCUGCUCGUCCUCCUCUUCCUCCUCUACAACCGUGUCUCCAUUUUCGGCGGCGACGACGACGCCGAAUAAGAGCGCCCACCUCCGCUGCGUGACCACCGUCGGCCUGCUCCGUACAUUGACCGUCGAUCUGUCUCUCGAUAUACGAGCGCUUAAUUUGUUUUUUUUUUUUGUUUUGUUUUGUUUUUGUUUCUGGGUUUUUUCUGAUUUGUUUGUGUACGUACGUAUUGUGCAUAAGUGCGUAGACUUGAAUUCGUAUGUGGAAAUGGGUCGCGUUAUUGAUUAAUGUAAAGCAGAGGACAGCUAGAUUUUUUU